AUGUCGAUGAUAAUCAGAGGUUUCGCAAGGAGAUUUGUGACUUCUUCUGCUUUGAGAUUAUUCAGCACUACGAGCCUUGCAUAUUCCGGUCAUUCAAAGUGGGAUAACAUUAAGCACAAGAAGGCGGCUAAUGAUGCUACCAAGGCUGCAGUGUCUUUCAAGCUGUCAUCUAAGAUCACAGUUUUGGCCAAGAUGGGAGGAGUAGACAUGGCAAAGAAUUUACAGUUAGCAUAUGCGGUAGAAAAAGCCAAGAGUCUGAGUAUACCUAAAAGAGUUAUAGAGAAUGCCAUUAAGAGAGGUAAUGGUGAAUUGAAAAACCAGGAGAAGGUAGAGACUGUCACUUACGAAGGCUUAGGACCCGGUGGGAUUGCUGUGAUAAUAGAAGCCAUAACAGAUAAUAAAAACAGAACGAUUGGUUUCAUUAGGCCAUGCUUCAACAAGUACGGCUCUAACAUGACACCUACUGCUUAUAUGUUCGACCAGAAAGGGUUGUUUUUGAUUGAUUUACAAGGUCAUGAGUUCGAUGAAGCAUUUGAUGACCUAAUUGACUUGGGAUGCGAAGAUAUUAAUCAAGUGCAGAGAGAGGAUUCCAAGCUUGUGGAAUUGGUCACCGAUCCUAAAGAGUUCGGUAAGGUUGCAAAUUCGAUCAAGGAUCAAGGUAAGUACAAAAUCACGGAGAUGGAAUUUGGAUAUGUUCCAAAAGACGAUAUGAAGGCAGAUAUCAGCGAUCCCGAUACGAAAGAAAGCUUCGAUAAGUUUGUGCAGUCUUUAGAGGACCUAGACGAUGUGGAAAAGGUGUACAGCAAUUUGGAGGAAUGA